AUGAAUUACCAUUUCUCAGUCGGUAUUUGCAGAAGUCCUGUGAUUUUCCCCUUCUCGGCAAUUUUCACGCGCGCACACACGCGCGGGCACACACAUGGAUCUGUAUCCGCGGGGCCGCCUCACGCCUCCCCGGAGAGAGAACACCGGGCCGGGGCCGACGGGCGAGCCGGGGACGCGGGCGGGGAUCCUCUCCGGAUCAAACUCCGAACGGCCAAUGCAUUUUCCGAAGAACUGCCGAUAGACGCAGGCUGGCCGCGCCGGCCCCGCGGUGCCGAGCGCCAGGAGCCCGCGCUGUGUGUGGUGCCGCGAGGGUGGGAGGCGGCGCUGGCGGGGAGGGCUUGA